AUGGAAUCUGGUAAAGACUUCAUGGAGAUUCUCCUGACAAUCACUCUGAUGCUGAGAGUGGCAGUAAGUGGCCCUCAGGACUACUCAUUUGGGGGCACAGACAUUGGAACUACAUCUGAAGAAGAAAGGACAGGCAUUAUUUUGGCCUUGUCAACUCUUGACUUCAACACCCCCAAAUACUUUUUCCUCAGCCACUUGUUCUUUGUGGAUUUCUGUUACUCCACCAUCAUUGUGCCAAUGAUGUUAGUUAACAUAUUAGAAGAAGACAAAACUAUUUAUUUCCUGGAAUGUGCUGUGCAAUUCUACUUGUUUUGCACAUGUCUGGUAAGUGAGGUCAUCCUGCUAGCUGUAAUGGCUUAUGACCGCUUUGUGGCCAUUUGUAACCGUCUGCUCUACACAGCUGCUUUGUCCCAAACAUUUUGCGCCAUGCUAGUGGUCAGAUCAUAUGCGUGGGGAGUAGCUUGUUCCUUGAUACUCACAUGUUCUGCUAUCAAAUUAUCAUUUCUGAGUUUCAACAAAGUUAAUCAUUUCUUCUGUGAAUUCUCCUCAUUGCAGUCCCUCUCUUACUCUGAUACUUAUGUUAACCAGUUGCUGCUUUUUAUUUUUGCCACCUUUAAUGGGGUCAGCAUAUUACUCAUCAUUCUCGUGUCGUAUGUAUUUAUCAUUGUCACCAUCCUCAAGAUGUGUUCAGCCAGUGGGUGCCCCAAUGCCAUCCCCACCUGUGCCUCACACCUGACCACCAUCACCAUCUUUCACGGCACCAUCCUCUUUCUCUACCAUGUGCACAAUUCCAAAAACUCCAGGCACACAGUCAAAGUGGUGUCUGUGUUUUACACAGUGGUGAUCCCCAUGUUGAAUCCCCUGAUCUACAGUCUGAGAAAUAAGGAAGUCAAGGAUACUCUUGGCAAAAUAAUGGACACUAAAGUCAUUUUUAUUGAGCAUAUUAUUUUAGUAGAAUUUGUCCCUGACAUGUAA